AAAAAACGGCGUCGUCAUGCCUUAGGCCUAAACAGUAGGUUGUGUGUUUGGCGUUAAUUAUCUCGCCGCCGGAACAGAGAAAGGAAAGUAGAUUUCUUCUCCUCCUCGGAUCACAAACGGAGCAUUUAGGGAUCGUGGCCGAGAGAUCGAAGAUUGUGAAAAAUCUUGCCUAUUGGAGUUGAUGGCAUCAGAGGAAGUGAAGAGGAGCGAAUCAGCAGCUGUAUCAACGAUAGUGAAUCUGGCGGAGGGAGCGAGGGAAGGAGUCAAAGCUCCGAGUUAUGCUGUCCUCAGCAUCUGCAAAUCCCUCUUCGCAGGUGGCGUCGCUGGUGGAGUGUCUCGAACUGCAGUUGCACCUCUGGAAAGGAUGAAGAUAUUGCUUCAGGUCCAAAAUCCACAUAACAUAAAGUAUAGUGGGACAGUCCAAGGGUUGAAGUAUAUUUGGAGAACAGAGGGCCUUCGUGGUCUCUUCAAAGGAAACGGCACCAACUGUGCUCGUAUUGUUCCUAAUUCUGCUGUCAAGUUUUUCAGCUAUGAGCAAGCUUCCAAGGGUAUACUGUACAUGUAUCGUCAGCAGACUGGAAAUGAAAAUGCACAACUCACUCCUGUUUUACGGCUUGGAGCUGGUGCAACUGCUGGAAUAAUAGCCAUGUCUGCAACAUACCCCAUGGAUAUGGUUCGUGGAAGGCUAACUGUCCAGACUGCGAACUCUCCUUAUCAAUAUAGAGGAAUUGCCCAUGCUUUGUCAACUGUCCUGCGAGAGGAAGGUCCGCGUGCCUUGUACCGUGGUUGGCUUCCAUCUGUGAUUGGAGUUGUUCCUUAUGUGGGUUUGAACUUUGCGGUCUAUGAGUCUCUAAAGGACUGGCUAGUUAAAGACAACCCAUUCGGACUAGUGGAGCACAAUGAACUGACCAUUAUAACGAGACUCUCUUGUGGUGCUAUAGCUGGAACAGUUGGUCAAACAAUUGCUUAUCCACUGGAUGUGAUUCGUAGGCGAAUGCAAAUGGUGGGGUGGAAAAGUGCGUCCUCUGUUGUUACUGGCGAGGGGAGAAGCAAGGCUUCGCUUGAAUACAACGGUAUGCUUGAUGCAUUUAAGAAAACAGUUCGUCAUGAAGGCUUUGGAGCAUUGUACAAGGGUUUGGUCCCCAACUCAGUGAAGGUUGUACCAUCAAUUGCGAUUGCUUUUGUGACAUAUGAAAUGGUGAAAGACGUUUUAGGAGUUGAGUUUAAGAUAUCAGACUGAGUCAUUUUGAUGAUAUCUUCAAGAAGACAGCAGCACACGUUCUAUUUUUGUAGCCGAGAAGACAGAAGAGAAGCUCGAAACUUAGGGGGUUUUUGAUUAUUCUUCUUUCAGCAUCCGUUGCUAUAGGGCUUUAGCCAAACUUUAUAUUUUAUCUUUUCGUUCUUUCUAUGUAUAGAUUGAGUUUUGUUCUGAAAAUCAAAUAAGUGAGAAGCCAACUAGAGCAAAGCCUAUUUGCUACUACUGAGAGUUUGUGUUUUUACAGGUUUUGGUUGUUGUCUUAAUUUUCCAUUAUUGUUAUGACUCUUAUUGGUAACUUGUGGAUUAGUUGAAUAAUUCAUGUAUGCUAGUCUCUAAAGUGUUUCUGAAGAGUG